AUGGCGUACAACACGUCCUACUUGUCGUCUCCUGACACACCGUCAACGGUUUUCCCCGAGCGGUUGAUCCGACCGCUACCCAGGAGAUCUAUCAAGUCCCGGUUAUCCCAAGAAGCUGUUGAAGCUAUCCAAUACCCUCCUACGCUGCCCUCAUCCAGCUUGCCGGCAUAUUCGAACUACGGCGAGAAGGGCGAGGAGACCAAUGACGGCAAAGUGUUGGAGCAUCACCACAGUGACAACUAUUACAAUGACCAUGACCACGACCACGACCACGAUCAUGAUGACGAUGACGAGUGUCCCCACCAUCACCACCACCACCAUCAUCACCAUCAUUGCCACCACGACGAGUACGAGGACGAUCUUGAUUCCCAGGACGAGCGUAUCUACCCUCCCCGCCGCUUCAUUGUCUCCUCUCCUCGCUCGCCACGGUCGGGACGUAGCAGAUACUCGACAAGAGGUAGUACUUCAGGCCCGGACGGCUAUGAAGCAUUUGAAAACACCAACAACAAGAAAAAGAGAAAAAUACCAACUUCGGGUAGUCUGAGUCUGCAUCAAUCUGCCGUCACCGACCAAUUGGCACACAUGGGCAUUAGUGGCACCAAAGAUGGCACAGCGGAUGACGGGUUCUACGCCGGCGCCCAUGCGGGUAACACCGCUGGUCUGGGGGUGCAGGGUGCUGGUAGAGGGCGUGGUGCAAGAAAGGCUUUGGGCCGGAACCCUCUCGGUGUGUCAGUCAAUGGCUCCAAUGCUCGGAUCGGUCCUUCAAAAUAUGACCAGAACAUGACCGCCAACGCGAAAGGUAAGGUUGAAAGAUCAUCAGCACGUGCUAUUGAGGCUGACUUCGGGAAAGCUGAGGAGACCAAAGACCAAGGUAUAAUUUCUACAGCCAUUGCAAAGGCUACCGCACUGCUUCCGAAACCACUCGGCAAGGGACAAGAACACGUAGGCGUGCUCGACCAAGAAGCCAAACAGGCGCACAAUAAUUCACAGUUCACUUUCACAUGCGAAGCCGACGCCAAGGGAGUGACUUUCCCAGAGCAGAGUUUAUAUUCGCCCGGGUACACUCAGCGAAACAACCCCACUCACCCUACCGCGGCUGAGAAAGGCAACAUUCAGCCAAGUCAAAACACCGCAAAUGCUACAGUGUCUGUGGCUCAGCCAGCACCUGCUGCGCCUGUCGCGCAAAACGCCAAUGCUCAAGGCAAGAAGCCUCGUAGACGGAGAGGCGAUGUGUACGCGCUGGCAGCCCGACAGAGGAAGCUUCAACAAGAGUACAACAACCUGCAGCACCCGCCAGCACCUGAAGACAUCUGGAUCUGCGAGUUCUGCGAAUACGAGAGUAUCUUUGGGCAACCACCGCAUGCUCUCAUCCGGCAGUACGAAAUCAAAGAUCGAAAGGAACGUCGACGCCUAGCGGAGAAGAGGCGGUUGUUGGAGAAGGCCAAGCUCAAGGGCAGGAAGGGAAAGAAACAGACCAAGAAUGCAGCCAAAGCCGCCAACCACAAUGCCGGCACUGUCAACCAGCAGGCUUACGACAAUCAGCCGUUGGAUCAACUUGCUGAUGAUGAUCUCGACUACGGCUAUGACGAUGACCCGAUUCCAAUGCCGGCACCACCGCCAGCCACGACUGCAAACAAGGCUGUUGUUGGACCGCGGACUGCUACUACAGACAAGGCAGGGGGAACAGCAGGAGGCGGAGGGAUUCGAUGA